AACUUCUACAUCUCCCGCGUUAUAUUCCCACCUCUAUUUCAUUUGCUUUUCCACACUCACUCAGUCCCGCUAACUCUUUCGCUCCAACUUUCUCUCUCAUCCUCAUCAUCACCAUCUCUCUCCACCAUGCAGCAGUAUCGCAGCCGCCGGCCCCAUUUUCCGAUCGCCGGAGCCUCCACGCCAGGCGAAUCCGCCGUCGCCGCACAUACACCAUCCUUGAGCGAUUAUAAGCGGGGGAAGAAGCGAGGGAGCUACAACUGCGGACGUUGUGGCCAGCCAAAGAAGGGCCACUCCUGCAACAUCGGCGGCGGCGACACUACGCCGACUGAGUCCACCGCCGAUGUAUCAGCCGAUUACUCUCUUUCCACUUCUCGCCAUCCGCCGCCGCCGCCACGUCAGCCGUACUCCCACCUACGUAGAGCGUUGUCUUUUGAUGAUGUCGAUAAUGGUGGUGACGGAGGGUUUGACCCGCCGGAGACCGAUGAUGACGAGCUCGGUGACCCGAUGAUGGAAAUGGAGACCGAUCUGGUUUCUGGUGGCUUACCUGCGAACUGUCUAUGGGAGGUACUGAGAAGGUUGCCGCCGGCUGGGUUGCUUUCGGCUGCUAAGGUCUGCAAGGGUUGGAGGGAGACGACCAAAAAGCUAUGGAAGGCGGCGGAAGUUCUGAAACUUAGGGUUCCGCCGAGAGCUCAGGUUGGACUAGUUGGAUCAAUGUUGCACAAGUGCCCUGGGCUCGUUAACCUCUCUUUAAGAAUGGAAAGUGAUUUGGACGCGACGAUGCUGGCCUGUAUUGCAUUUUCAUGCCCAAAUCUUGAAUAUAUGGAGAUCUCUGCUUCUAAUGCUGCGCUCAAUCGGAUCACUGGUGAUGAGUUGGGCCGUUUUAUUGCCGAUAGACGAAUGUUGAAAAGUCUUAAGGUUGAAGGGUGUUCCAAUCUUGGUGGUUUUGUUCUCUGUUCAUCAAGUCUUGCUACUCUUUGGCUUUCGGAUCUUUGCUCUCUGUCUAAGAUGGUUUUUAAUUGCCCAAAUCUUAAAGAGAUUUCUUUAGAAUUUUCUCGCCAAGAAAAUGAUAAUACUGACCUUGUUAGCAUGGCUGAAUCUCUGGGAAGGGGUUGCCCAAGGUUGCAAAACAUUCACAUUGCUUCUAUCCGGCUGUCUCAUCCAGUUGUACUUGCCCUCACAGCUGCCCAGUUAAGGGGCUUAAGAAUGCUUUCGCUUGUUCUUGGAUCCGAAAUUACUGAUGCUUCAGUUGCUGCCAUUGCUCAAAGUUAUCCUAAUUUAGAGCUGCUUGAUCUUAGUGGGUCUGGUAUCAGUGAUAGUGGGAUUGGAAUGAUCUGCAAUGUGUUCCCAGACACUCUUACGAGACUCCUUGUCGCUCUUUGUCAAAACAUUACUUCAAGUGGUAUUCAAUUUGCCACAGCACAGCUGCCGCUUCUCGAACUCAUGGACUGUGGCAUGUCCAUAUGUGAUCCCAAUUCUCUGGAUCCUACCACAGAAGAAAGUAGUGACUGUGAAGUACAGAAAACAAGCAAUGCCACAGUCUCGCAUAUUUACCAGAAUCUGAUCAUCAAACAUAGCCGUUUAAAAAAACUAAGCUUGUGGGGUUGUUCUGGCUUGAACGCUCUGCAUCUAAACUGUCCAAAACUCAAUGAUCUGAAUCUGAACUCUUGUACAAAUUUGCAUCCAGAGAAAUUGUCACUUCAAUGCCCCAACUUAGAACAUGUACAUGCUACGGGUUGCAAGACAUUGCUAAUUGGAACUAUUCGGACUCAGGUCAAUAACCGUACUGAAUCGUUCGGAAAUGUGAUACUGUCCAAACGAUUUGCUGAUGGCUCGAAGAGGAUUCGGGUUCCUCUUUUUCUCAAUGCACAGUCGUACGAUGAUGAUUCAAAGCGAAGAAGGGUUGAAAAGCUGAAAUGUAAUGUUAUUGUAAGCUGAUUAACAUCUCCUCCUCUGAACAUUUUUGCCUUAAGUAAACAUGGCAGAGACUCUUGUUGUUUCAUUACUCAUUAUUUUCUCAAGGCCAUGUGUCCUAUAGUAUCCAAGGUCUUAUAUUAUAUAUUAGAAAAAAAAAUCAAGGGCUGGUGCCCUGUAGAAUAUCAUUUUUGAGCCCCAAUCCAUUGUUUAGUUGUGAACAAAUUAACUUUGGAAACUCUUGUUGUUAUAGCUCAUCAUGCUAAUAAAGAUAAUGUUGUAUUGCUAUUGCUAUUGCUA